GCACACGAAGAAAAACCGGCCUUCGUUUCCUCAUUCUGAGACUGUCCUCCCUCUUCCGGACUUGCUUGUACGCUGCUCUACUCACUAUGAUCUUGACAUCAUGUCGCCAUCAGAGCCUCAGCUAUAUGCCAUAUCUGUCACGGAACGGGUGUGCUCGGCAGUGUCUCUCGCAGCAUCAAGUGUUAUAAUCGUCUCUUUCUUCUGCUCAACCUCCUUUCGCAAGCCCAUCAAUCGCUUAGUGUUCUAUGCCUCCUGGGGCAAUAUCAUGGCCAGCUCGGCUACUGUCAUAUCUCAGUCGGGCAUUCAUGCAGGCCCUGAUAGCCCUCUUUGCCAAUUCCAGGCAUUUUUCAUCCAAUGGUUUAUGCCUGCCGAUGCGCUAUGGACUCUUGCCAUGGCCUGCAAUGUCUACUUGACAUUUUUUUGCAAAUACGACUCGGAUCGGCUCCGACGUUUAGAGUGGAAGUACUUUGCGUUCUGCUACGGAACGCCGUUCAUCCCAGCCUUUGUUUAUUUCUUCAUCAAAACCGGGGCGCGAGGAAAGAUAUACGGAACCGCUAUACUCUGGUGUUGGGUUGCUCCAUCCUGGGACUUCCUGCGGAUUGCCGUGUUCUAUGGCCCGGUCUGGUUCGUCAUUUUCCUAACCUUUGCUAUCUAUGCACGCACAGGCAGUGUGAUCUACAAGAGAAGACGACAGCUCCGCCAUAUCGGUAUGCUCGACUCGAAUGCGGAUUGUGAGAACACAAGCAAACCGGCUUUCUCGAAAACGACCGAAAUCCGCAUCACCAGGGAGGCGACAACGCCCAACAAAAUUUUCCAAUCAGUGGCGGAAAGCUCAAACCCAAUCUCAUCGCACCUCCCUCCCUCAUACUGCAGCCCGUACUCGGUUACUAUCGAAGGAGGACACGGCAGCGGUAUCCCGCUGAAGCUGCUAGGACCUGAACAGUCAGAUUCGCACCUCCAUCGCCGCGCAAUGAUGGCGGAGGCCAAUUCCGCCGCUUGGGCCUACACCAAGUAUGCGAUGCUUUUUUUCAUUGCUCUUAUCUUCACCUGGGUUCCGUCUACAAUCAACCGGGUAUAUGCUCUCGUGUUUCCUCAAACAUUCAAUUUCCCGUUGAAUUAUCUCUCUAGCUUCGUCCUUCCCCUGCAGGGUUUCUGGAACAGCAUCAUCUACGUAUCCAUCUCCUGGCCGGCCUUCAAGUCGGCCUACAACAACCUUUGACGAAGCAGCCGCUCACUUCGUGCCGGCUUCGGUCUACGCCAUUCCAUAAUAAUGGACAAU